GUUUUUUUUCGGUGCCAACUCUUAAGCGUUCCUUUGUUUAUUAUCCUACUCCAGUGCCGCCGUUUUCACGUUUUCAGUCCCUCCUCCCUCCAGCGCCCCUGUUAGCAAGAGCCCUAGGGGUCGAGGCGGCGCUGACGGAGAAGUUACCUUGAAGGGAUGGAGCACGAAUUGCCGGCGGAGGCCCUUCCGCACCCGCCUUCCGUAGUCGAAGACGGUGCUACCGACGAUUGGAGCAAGGAGGACGAUGAUCCUAUGGCGGAGGACCACCCUCAGCCUUCAGCUGCCGUCACUGACCUGGUGGAUCCUCAUCCCGAAGAUACAAAAGCAGAUAUUCAGUCUGGCCUUCAGUCAUUACAGCUGGAAACAGGAGUUAAAGAUAAGAAGGCAAUUACAGAUGAGAAUGCUGAAGAACUUGAUGACAAAGAAGAAAACAAGAAGAGACACUUAAAUGUUGUCUUCAUUGGUCAUGUUGAUGCUGGUAAGUCAACAGCUGGUGGUCAAAUACUUUUACUUAGUGGUCAAGUUGACGACCGAACAAUUCAGAAGUAUGAAAAGGAGGCCAAAGAUAAAAGUCGAGAGAGUUGGUACAUGGCUUAUAUUAUGGACACCAAUGAGGAGGAGCGUGUUAAGGGAAUAACUGUCGAGGUUGGUAGAGCGCAUUUUGAAACAGAGAAUACAAGGUUUACAAUUUUGGAUGCACCGGGCCAUAAAAGUUAUGUUCCUAACAUGAUAAGUGGUGCAUCUCAAGCAGACGUCGGCGUUUUGGUAAUAUCUGCUCGGAAAGGUGAAUUUGAAACUGGGUAUGAGAAAGGAGGACAAACUCGUGAGCACGUCCAGCUUGCAAAGACAUUAGGUGUUUCUAAAUUGGUUGUUGUUGUCAACAAAAUGGAUGAUCCAACUGUGAAAUGGUCCAAAGAAAGGUUUGAUGAAAUAGAGUCCAAGAUGGUGCCUUUUCUCAAAUCCUCUGGUUACAAUGUAAAGAAAGAUGUUCAGUUUCUUCCUAUCUCUGCUUUGUUUGGUGCAAACAUGAAAACCAGAAUGGAGAAAAGCAUUUGCGAUUGGUGGUCUGGACCUUGCCUCUUUGAAGUACUUGAUUCCAUUGAAGUUCCUCCACGCGAUCCUAAUGGUCCUGUUAGAAUGCCAAUUAUUGACAAGUACAAAGACAUGGGAACUGUAGUGAUGGGGAAAAUUGAGUCAGGAAGCAUCAGUGAAGGAGACAAUUUAUUAGUAAUGCCAAAUAAAGCUAGUGUUAAAGUACUUUCUAUAAUCUGUGAUGAAAAUAAAGUCAGAAGAGCUGGGCCUGGUGAGAAUGUCAGAGUGAAAUUGGCAGGUGUUGAAGAAGAGGAUAUUUUAGCUGGUUUUGUUCUUUCAAGUGUUGCAAAACCUAUAGGUGCUGUCUCUGAAUUUAAUGCUCAGUUGCAGAUUCUUGAAUUGCUUGACAAUGCAAUUUUUACUGCUGGAUACAAGGCAGUUUUGCACAUUCAUUCAAUUGUUGAGGAGUGUGAGGUUGUAGAACUUCUCGAGGAAAUUGAUACAAAGAAAAAAAAAGAUGCAGAUCCUAGAAAGAAGAAGGCCAAGAGGAAGCCACUUUUUGUUAAGAAUGGUGCUGUUGUUGUCUGCCGCAUUCAGGUAACCAACUUAAUAUGUAUUGAAAGCUUUUCUGAUUUUGCUCAACUUGGGAGGUUCACGCUUCGUACUGAAGGAAAAACAGUAGCAGUUGGGAAAGUAGUUGCCCUUCCACCAGCAGGAAGCCCCACAUUUGCAUAGUUGAUAAUAACCAAUUGUUACAUGGCAAGAAGAGUCUGAGGCAAUUUAGUUUCACAAGAAAGGAGUUUUGCUCCUUACCAAUAGAGUAGAGCAAACACCACUUUCAAUUCAUGAACAAGGUGACUACAUCCUGAGUGACAACAGAUGAAAUAAGAGUUCCAAAUUAUGGUAAACAGUCUGUGUAUGCAGAAGAUGAACCAAGGGUUAUCAGGUCUUCUGGAAGACAUGACAUUCAUGUCCAUGGAGCAUUCCUUUUUUCUUUUUGUUAUUUUACAUCAACAUUUGUUCUGCUGCAUUGUAGUUAUUGAUAAAAUAGUUUCAUGUAACUAAACUUUGUCCAGGAUAAUGGAAGUAUAACUGAAUAUUUGAUUC